UUUUUAUCCUUUCAAGUUUGCAAUAAAUCUCAUUUAUGUUCCCAACUCCUUCCCUAACUCAAAAAUAAAAUUUCGAUUAUCAUAAUUCAAAUGAUAAUCGAACGAAAAAGUGAAUUGAUUUGAUUGAGCAGAGCAGAAAAAUCUGCGUAUAUUUGAAGCCGCCAUUAUUUGCCAGUCUGGCCCAAGGUGUCCUCCCCCGCCAGCAUUCCUACAGCGCAAGAAGUUAUCCUUUGCCGUGAAUGUUUAAACCAAUCCGGCAAUCCCACUUCUUGCUAUUUCAGAUCUGAUCAUUUCACUGUUAAUUCGGUCGAUAUUUCUGCUGUUUCGUGCGAACAAUUGCCGGUUCCUCCCUUCGAUUCCGUCGAUAAUGGGCUUCCCUGAAUGCCAGUCUCUACUGUGGGAAUCUACACCCUUCUGUUAGGGAUUAGGGUUUUUAUAUGUUUCAAAGGGAUUCGGAGAUAAGAGUUGGUUUGGUGUAUUACAGUAGAAAUUUUUCCCAAUCAGUGGAUUAGGAAAGCCCUGAAUAUAAGUAUUAAGGAUUUCUUUUGGAGAAGAUCGUCAUUUGAACUGAUUUUUUAGCCUGGAUUGGAGAUGGGGCCAAUAUACUACAUUCUGAUAGCAUUGCCUUGUACAAUCGGCGCAAUGACAUUGGCAGUUCUCCACAUUUACAAACAUCUUUUGAAUUAUACUGAGCCCACAUAUCAGAGAUACAUCGUCCGUAUUAUCUUUAUGGUUCCUGUUUAUGCAUUGAUGUCUUUCUUAUCCCUGGUCCUAAACAAAAGCACAAUUUACUUCAAUUCAAUAAGAGAAAUGUAUGAAGCAUGGGUCAUCUAUAAUUUUUUGUCACUGUGCCUAGCAUGGGUAGGUGGUCCAGGAGCUGUUGUCGUAAGUCUAUCUGGUAAAGUUCUGCAGCCAAAUUGGUGCCUAAUGACUUGUUGCUUUCCCCCGAUUCCAUUGGAUGGGCGUUUUAUACGUAGGUGCAAACAAGGGUGUCUGCAGUUUGUGAUCUUGAAGCCCAUUUUAGUCAUUGUUACAUUAAUGCUUUAUGCGAAAGGGAAAUACGAAGAUGGAAACUUCAAUCCACGACAAUCAUAUCUCUACCUCACCAUUAUCUAUACAAUCUCAUACUCGAUGGCACUUUAUGCGUUGGCCUUGUUUUAUGUAGCUUGCAGAGAUUUACUUCAGCCAUUCAAUCCUGUUCCGAAGUUCAUCAUAAUCAAAUCUGUAGUAUUUCUUACAUACUGGCAGGGUGUAUUGGUUUUUCUUGCUGCUAAGUCUCAACUAAUAAAGGAUACUACAGAAGCGGCGGAAUUUCAAAAUUUUAUAAUCUGUGUUGAGAUGCUUAUUGCGGCUAUUGGGCAUCUUUAUGCCUUCCCUUACAAAGAGUAUGCUGGUGCAAAUAUAGGCACAAACCAUGGCUUUACUGCAAGUCUUGCCCAUGCUUUGAAAUUGAAUGACUUCUACCAUGAUACAGUACACCAGUUUGCACCUACCUACCAUGAUUAUGUGCUCUACAAUCCUAGUGAGAAUGAUGAGGGAAGAAGAAAGUACAGGUCACGGACGUUUGUCCCAACAGGUCGUGAAAUGGAUACAGUUAGAAGAAGCAAACAUUCGUAUGGAAACAAGUUAGAAGAUAUACAAUUAUCGAGUGUAUCAUCGUCGGGUAGUAGAACUCCUGAAAAUACAGAUGCUUCACCAGAUAUUCUGAAAUUGGAGGCUAUUGACUCUUCGUUGCUCAUGGAUACAUCAAAUGCUGCCUCUGUGCCUUAUGAUGUUUCACUUGUUGACAUAGACAUGUCUAGUUACCCAGCAGAGGUGCCAGCAGCUGAGACAAGGUGACACCUGUGAUCUCUAGAGCAUCUCAAUGUUUCUGUAUGUUCCAUUCUUUUCUCUUAAAAAAGAAAUAGGUCUCUCUCUCUCACUAGAAUUUGACAUUAGGAUUUGUACAUAUAGUCGUUCAAAGACAUGUUUUGACAUUUCGUAUAAUGUUGGUUGAGUGUGGUUACUCUUUA